AAGGAGGCUGGGCCGUGGGGGCCGGGCCGCAGCCGGCGGCGGCCGCUGCAGGCUAGUGGCGAAGUCUUCUCCUCCCACGAGAGGAAGAGUACUCGGUCGAGACAAAGAGGAAGAGGAGUCGAUCAAGAGGAAGAGGAACACCCUUUCUGCAACUGAUAAUCAAUGUCUUGCCAACCCUUAAACUCCCGCCUGAGUUUGAGGAUGGCAAUAACAGUGUUUGUUAUUCUAUGUGUCCAAGCCAAUUGGUUUAUCAACUAUUAUAUCUCUACGCAUGAACAAGCCAAUCUAAAGGAAAUGAACCUCUCCACAACCUUUUGGGGGCUCCUAUCUCUAAGGUCAGCUGCUGCUAAUGUCAUUCCAAAAAAAGAUGUCACGUGGUUGGAAGAGCCAAACAAACAUAGUUCAUAUAGCUCUGAUGGGAUCCGAUGCGGUAGUGCUAGUAUCAUCGCACCCAACAGCCAAUUUAGUUGAGUGACAUAAACUUGCUUGUGUUGAUCCAUACCAUAAUCUUAGCUUAUUAGAAAAACUAUCAAUCCAACCUUAAUUAAGCAGAUGCAUUCACACUCAGAACAUCAAAGGGAUUAAAAAAAGCAUUUGUGCUUCAAGAACCACCAACCCAACCCAAACCAAAUCAAACCAAGAAUUUGGCAAUUGGCUCACCCAAUCAAAUGGAAUCUCAAAAUGGGUAGCAGUAUCUAAAGAACAGCAUCAUGGAUGCUGUCCUUUGAGGACACAGCCUCCGGAAACCCUCCCUCCCUCCAUCCCUACUUUGGGACACAAAUGGGAGGCCACUCCUUGAAGACAAAAGGCAAGGCAAGCUUCAUGGGGACCACGGAAUCCACUCCACGUCCGGGUUUUUCCUCCAAAGAAAGGGCAUGGGAUUAAAUGGACCUGGCUGCAUGUCUGCGUGCUCGUCAACCACCUCCUUUUCUUUAUUUUUUAUGCUCAUCAAAAGAAUCUUUCAGCGAUAUUUUCGAAGGUGAUUUGCUCCGAGCCACUUUUUGUUAAUUUGGACGGUCCUCCAUUUCUGUUUGUCCUGCGAGUUCUGUGGACUGACUCGACUUCUUGUGCCUGCCCUUCUUCAAUCAUGUGGCCCUCAAACACAACCAUUUCUUUAAGCCGGGCAUGAACUGGCAAGAAUCUUUGGGCCUUGGGUUAUAACUCCUUCGAUAGGGUGGUCCUCAUGCACUAGCUUUCCACCCAAAGCUUGUGUCCUUCUUGUUCUACUUGCUCUUCUCUCUCUCCCUCUGUCUCUCUCUCUUCUCUCUUGUUGGAUAUGGGGAGACAGCCGUGCUGCGAUAAGAUUGGAUUGAAGAGAGGUCCAUGGACAAUGGAGGAAGAUCAGAAGCUCACCAACUUCAUCGUCAAUAAUGGGAUACCUUGUUGGCGUCUUGUUCCAAAGCUUGCUGGCUUGAUGAGAUGUGGGAAGAGCUGCAGGCUACGAUGGACAAAUUACCUUCGGCCUGAUCUUAAGAGAGGAGCACUCUCUGAGGAUGAAGAGAACCAAAUCAUCCAACUCCAUUCGCGCCUCGGUAACAGGUGGUCCAAGAUAGCUUCUUAUUUCCCAGGCCGCACCGAUAAUGAAAUCAAGAACCAUUGGAACACUCGAAUCAAGAAGAGAUUGAAGCUCCUGGGAUUGGAUCCUGUGACCCACAUGCCCCUCAAACAGCCUGCAAAAGGUGGCGGCCUAAAGAGUGACUCUGAUUCAGAAUCUAAUCCCCCACAAGUCCAAGGCAAAAGCAUAGAGAUUAUGGACUUGGUGGUCUCUGGUAGCCAAGAAGAACUUCUGGUGAAAAAUGAGAAACAAAAGGAGGUCCAAUUUGACUCCAAUGGCACUGAAGCUCUUUUGCAUGGGGAUGUGAUGUCAUGGGAAAACUUGGAUAUUGAAGAGAUGAAGCCUCGGCCCGACCCUUCGAGCAGCUCCGGCGCCUCAUUCUCGAUGGAUGACACUCUCCACCCUUCUUCUGUACAAAGAGACUCCAGUCUUGGGGGCUCCAACCUAUGCUGGUUUGAUACUACUGAUUCUUUUCCUUCAUGGGAAGCAUUGUAUCCUCUUGAAGAUAUCUUUCCAUUUGGGAAUUUCCCAUAAUUCCCAUCAUUUUUUCCAUGUAAGAGUCCAUGUCAGGCUUGUAAUUAGUCAAUAAAAGGGAAGAAGAGGAAAAGGGAAAUAAUACACAGAAACAUAUUUCAAUG